AUCCGCCUCUUCCCCCAAAAAAAAAGACGGAAACUUCUAGGGUUUUUAUCUCACACAUCUUCUCGCCGUCGUCUCAUCCGUCUUCUUCCUCCUCCUCGCUGGUUCACGCGCCUCGUGAAUCGCAUCGGUACUCAACUUGGUCAAGUCUCUCGAAACGGAUUGAUCGAUUGAUAUAGGAUUAUUGGUAGAUUUAAAAAUUCGAUUUUCCUUUUGGUCGAUUCAUUGAGAUAUUUGGUUAUAAUAUGAAGAAAUUGAAGAAAUCCAGGGUUUCAUGGCCACCAGAUCCUUUGCUUUGUCAGGUCAAGUUGUUUUCGUCUGAGGAUUGCCCUGCUGAAGUUGCUUCAUCAAGAAAAUCUCCUGUGCCUGACCUUCCUCCUGGUUUUGAAUCAAAUCUCUCAGACAUCCCUCGUCUCAAAUGGAGGUAUCCUUCAAAGUUUGUCCUCAGCCCUUCAUGGCGGGUUGGAGCUGGUCAAGAGAGCACAGAGAGACAAACUCAAAACUUGAGGAUUGCAAAGGUCUUGGAAGCUAUCUAUCCACAUCGCUCCGCCAUCCCUUAUCGUUCCUCUGUUACGCCUGAUGUCGAAGGCGAAUGCUAUGAUGACAGAAAAACUCCAAUCAUCCGUCUCACUCCCAUUGAAGACGAGUGGGAGGCCGCUGAGAAAUCUUCUCAAACUCCCCUACAAUCUGACAACACUAUGAGCAGGCAAUGUCCGUUAGAAACCAGACCUCCCAGUUCCACUCAAGGACCAGUUCAUGCAACAGUUUCUGCACGUGGGGCAGAUGUGAGUCUGGCCGUUUCUGCAGGUCUGACCGCACUGACGAAGUCGAAGGAGCAUCAAAGCAUGAUAGACCCUGAUCUACUCAUCAAAUUCCUCAGUGACCCGAAAAUCAUUCAGAAUCUGAUCAGUGAAAGGAUAGACAAGCCAUCUGAAGCCGAGAAUCCUCCUCUAGACACUGACAUCACCCCCAGACAUGAUCCCAAGCAUGUCCACAAUUCAGCUGUGGAUAGAACCCCACAACCUUUACCUAUGAAACAGACGCCUUUCACUUCCCCUGAACCCCCAAGAGUGUCACCUCCGAGGUACGGGAAUGGAAACUCGCAUGGUGGAUCAAUGUCAGUAGUGCCCUGUACCAGUGUAGCUAUCGAAACACCUCUGCUCAAACCCGCUCAGGUCUGUCAGCUCGCCCCACAUAGCCUUAACCUCCAAAGACCUCCACCUGUGUUUGGUGGCGUACCAGUUUCUGCCGGAGCUAAACCUUCAAUCAGACAUCAACCCGGUUUCUCUACCUUGCCGAUGAAUCCUAACCCGGUUGAAGCACUCCCAGAACCGAACCGGUUAGUAAAGCCCCAAUCUCAUUCCCCUUUCAGCACUAUGAGUAUGAAUGUGGUGCAAGCAUCUGUAGGGCAUGGACCAGGACCACGACCAGGACCAGGACCGAAGCCAGGCUUUCAAUCCGGUUUUAACCUGAACCGGGUAGAGGUACCGAUUAAACAGGAACUGGGUGCGCCACCACCUGUGAAGAGCGUAGACUAUUUCAAGAACCUAAUCAGGGAACAUGGGAAGGAUAAUGCAGAAACAACGAAUGAGUAUAGAUUACAAAGCAGAGGAUUCAACACAAGGGCUGGUGAUGGUAACGUAGUAGAAGAGGGUAAGAAACAGAAACCGUGCAUGUAUUUCGGGAGCAAGAGAGGGUGUAGGCUCGGUGACCGUUGCACGUUCAUGCAUGGCGACGGUCCGAAGCUUUGGGGGUCGUCCCAUAUGGAGGCGGAGGCCCCGAGGGCCAAGAGACCUAAGUUUGGUACGUGAAAAAAAUGGGUGGGUCCAAAUCUUUGCAAAAUUUGGAGCAUAAUAUGAUAGAUGAAAAUCUGAAAUUGAUACGAAGUUAGAUACAGUGGGGUUGGCUCAUUGAAAUUACCGAUCGAGCUUCGUUUGGAAAAAUAUUAUACGGGUUUUGGUUACUAUAUGGGGUUAUGGUGACUGGACUAAUAUGUUGGGAAAAAAUUGGAUAAGCCCUUUUGAGUCUUACGGAAAAAAGGGUCCAAGCUUUAUAUAAUUGAUGGAAAACAUCAUGAUUCUGUCA